AUGUCGAUCUGGAAGAAAGAUAUAGUUGGUAAAUACCUUGAAAUUCAAGGGGAUGGCAACUGCCUCUUUAGGGCCCUUUCUGUGGGAAUGGGGGGAAAUUUUUCACAUGAGGAGUUGCGUGAAAUUUUAGUCAACGAGGUGAGGGAUAAGUGGGAUGAAUAUGCUAAUAAUGUUUUUGAUUAUGAUAAUGUAGACCAUUAUUAUAGGGAAAUGAUGAAAGUCUCUGUAUGGGGUUCCUAUGCCGAAAUUCUUGCUUUUUCUAAUGUUUUACAAAGGAGAGUUGUCGUCAUAAGAGACGGCCGCGAAGUGGUUGAUGUGGGUCCCCAAGAUAACACUCCAAUUGUAUUACGUUUCGUCGGUAACAAUCACUACGAUUUAUACGAGGAUAUUGUCAUUCCUCUACCCGUUAAUGUUGUUGGUGCUGCUGCUGCACGAUCUCCUGUGGUAGUAACUCCUGUUGUAGCAGUUUCUACUGUAGCAACUCCUGCUAAAGUAGCUCCUGCUGUAGCAGUAGCUCCUGCUGCAGUAGCUCCUGUCGCUACAGCACCUGUGAAAUCUCCCGCACGGAAGCGACAUGCACCACAACCGCGUAUUGUGAGUUUGAGUCAAAAAUUAAAAAAAGUCGAGUUCGAAAAAAGAAUCAAAAAGUGGAAGCCGCUUCCUGCUACGGAUUCGGUAAAGCCAGAGUGGCGUAUGAGGAAUGAUAGAAUUACAGAGUUUUAUCAAAACGCGUGGGAAUUCGGUGACCACGAUUUUCAAGAUAUUCCGGUACAUAAGCUUCCGAAUUCGAACAAAGACGAUUGGUUUUGUAAGCAUUGUGGUGCUAAAUUUUGGGCCACCGAAUUGUCCAAAAAGACGAAGAGCACGGAACAAUGCUGUGGGUUAGGGAAACGGGUUUUGGCAGAAACCAGUUUGUUCAGGAAACCUCGUGAUCCUCGAAUACUUUCUCUAUAUUAUUGUAAGGAUAGAGCUGCGAUGAGGAAAAGCCAUUUCCACAAAUUUAUCAUGGCGUAUAAUAGCAUCUUUGCAACUGUUCAUCGGCGCGGGACGUUCGCUGGUCUGGGUCUUCCAGACAGCCGUCCUGCCGACGAAGCAGCGGUUGUCGAUAGGCAAGUUCGGUUUAUGGCGUCAACGCAUGUAGCUGGUCUACAUAAUUUGAAUGAGGCUUAUCUUUAUUUCAUGGAUGUGAGCAAGGAGGUUGUUAAGGCUAGAAUUAAUUUGUCGACUGUUUCGACUAAGUUAGAAACUCCAAUUGUUAGGACAUUGGAAAAUUAUCUGCGAGUCGAAAAUGUUCUCAUGCGUAUUUUUAAAUGCGCUGGGGACAUUUACGAGGAGGAGAAAUUGAAGGCUGCGGCGGAAAAUAGGGAGGUUCGUGAGGUUAUUUUAUGUGUUAACCCUCGUGACAAAGAGGAUCAGGACGCUAGUCGUUUUAAAUUUCAAAGACGUAAGGGUGUGGCUGUCAAGUCUGGAAUGCAAUAUCCUCACAACGAAACCGUUGCCGGAGUAUAUCUAGGCGAUAGACCGCCAUGUUAUUACGACGUCGAGUUCGCUGUGAAGCCAUUGCAGGAAGGCGCGGCUCUUCCGUAUAGGGAGGUCAACGUCUUGAGGUGCACUUUAGACCUCAUGCUUUAUCCACUUAUCCAUCUGCAUGGAGAGUCUUCAUUUCAACAAAAUGACCGAGAUCAAGUUAAUUCCUUACGCGAGUAUUAUUGUGUGAGACUCUUGUCGAAUUCGGUGAGAUUGGAUAGUGUACGUUAUUGGAACGUACUUGAGCACGUAGGGAAGUUACGUCUGCAGUAUCUUGUGGAUGCGGGCGUAAAAAUCGAGUACAAUAAUGUAAAUUGGGCAGUAGGGAAUCAGAGGUAUAUGCGCGCAGAAACCUAUGCCAAUCUGAGAGACUUUUUGUUAAAAGAAGCCGCAAGGAGAGGCUUUGGAGAUUCGGCGCAGCCUCUACCGGUCGGUAAAGUCAUUGUAUUACCGCCUACCAUUCCGGGUUCUCGUAGGUACUAUUUCAACGGGUACAUGGAUUGCAUGGCCCUUUGUAGGAAAUUGGGUAAGCCUCCAACCUAUUUUCUUACAUUUACUGCGAAUCGGCAAUGGUCGGAAGUUACCGAGGAACUCCAUCGGCUCGGUAAAGGAACGGAUGACAUUGCAAAUUUUCCCGACAUUUUGUGUCGAGUUUUCGAACAAAAGUUGGACAGUCUCAUGCGAGACUUGCUCCAACGACAAAUUCUUGGGAAGAUUGAGGCAUAUGUGGUCAGGAUUGAGUUUCAGAAGCGCGGUGCCCCUCACGCACACAUUCUUUUGUUCUUAACGGAACAGGAUGUUCCCGAUUCUGCUGAGGAUUUGGAUAGGGUGAUUUGGGCCCGUUGGCCCGUACAAUCUGAUGGCGCCGGAUACGAACGGUUGCGGGAAUUGGUCGCCAAAUUCAUGAUACACAAUAAGUGUAAUGUAUUGGAGACCGACUUGCCCGAAGCUGAUCGUGUUCGGGACGAUCCGGACGAUAUUGACAUUCUUAAGCAGCCCGGUGAGGAGGAAAAUCCAGGCGAGCUAAAAGACGACGUCGAUGACGUUCCUCGAUCGUCACGACAGUCGCAGCAUAAGCAGACAAAACGUCCAGGUUGUUGGACUUCCAAAAACGAGUGUAGGUGGAAAUUUCCAAAAAAACUGGGUGACGAGUCUCGAAUUAAUAAACAAAGAUCCGUUUUCUACAAGCGACCGCACGGCACCGAGCUGUAUCAUUGCGGUCAGGAUCGUGUGGUGGACAACACUUGGAUUAUUCCGUAUAAUCCUACUUUGUUGGUCCGCUACAAUUGUCACAUUAAUCUUGAACUUUGUGUAGGGAAUCCUAUUCAAAUUUGUCGGUAUAUCAAUGCGUAUAUCAACAAGGGUCUGGAUUCGAUCAAUUUGAGGUGUGUGGAAUUCGGUUUUGAUGAGACCACAAACACGAUCACUUGGGACGAGGCAGCGGCCUACGUGAAAAUGAGGUAUAUCGGCCCUCACGAGGCCAUCUACAGAAUUCUGGGCUUGACAUGUUUUCACAUUAGUCAUUCUGUCAUCACUCUUCCAGUUCAUUUGGAAAAUGAGCAAUUCGAGAUUUUUUAUGAGGGGCAGGAGGAAGAGAUCGUCAAUCGGCCAGGCAAUUCCAGGUUAAUCGGUUGGUUUCUUUUGAAUAAAUCUUCCAAAGGGUCGAAAAAGAAUUUCUAUGUUGACGUAGUGGGAACUCACACGUGGCUUAAGGGGAAAUGGGUAGCGAAAUCGCGAAAAACCAAUGCCAUAGGUAGACUUGCUGUAGUUUAUCCGUCACGUGGGAAUGCCGAAAGAUCCCAUCUGAGAAUGAUUUUGUGCAACGUUCCGGGGCUAAUCUCCUUCAGAGACGCCCGAACCGUAGAAAAUGUCGAAUACCCUACCUUCCAAGCGGCAUGCGUAGCAUUAAAGCUGGUGGACGAUGACGAGAACGAAGUCGAAAAAGUCAUGCAGUCCGUAUGGACUCGCAUGGGCUCCCGACAUUUAAGGGACGUCUUCUCUUUAAUGCUGGUGCAUUUCUCUUUGAAGGAUCCACGAAAAACUUUCCGUCGGUGGGCGGGUAAGAUGGCUCGUCACAUCAAAAAGAUUCCGGAUGUUGUCGUCGAGGUCGCCAAAACGAUCCUCAACGUGAAAGAACGCGCCCGGGUUUUACGUUGCGCUAAGUUUUGCGUUCUUUUCGAAGAACUCGAAACGUUCAUGAGCGAGUGUUCGUCGAAAAUGUCAAAUUAUUUGAUCAGUAAAGAAUGGAUCCGAGAUUUGACCUUCUCGGACGACGAAUACUCCGGGGACGAAGAUGACGCCGUGGACAAUAGUGACGGCACUAUUGAAAGCGACGCGUCCAAAACCGACCUCGGCGACAAAAUUUGGAUUCAGCAUUUGAACGACGAGCAAAUGUUAUUUGCCGCCGACGUAAUGGAUUCUGUGAAUCGGAACCAGAAUAGGGCCUUUGUUUUAAUGGGGUCGGGGGGCACAGGCAAAACUGUACUUCUUAACGCCAUCUUGGAAGAGAUGGACGUUAUGGAGUAUGGUUACCUGGCGUCAGCUUUCACGGGGAUUGCGGCCACUUUGUUGAAAAACGGGGCAACUGCACACACCACGUUUGGGUUGCCGUUGCGGAAAAAGCAAGAUCCAGAGUCUUCUGUGCUAACUUCUAAUUUAUCUUUUCAAUCUGAGGAGGCGGCGAAAAUCGGGGCUGCCAAGCUCAUUGUUAUCGAUGAGGUUUUCAUGCUUUCUAUGUGGAUGUUGGAUUUGAUUGAGAAUUCUUGUAGGUUGUUUAGUCAGGGUCCCAACUCCACUCGUCGUUUCGGGGGCAAAACUGUAAUCCUUAGUGGAGAUCCUAAGCAGUUGUUGCCCGUCGUUAGGGGGUCGUUUGGUCGGAUGGCUGCCAUCAUGGAGUCGAUUGUUGCUUCGAUUUUGUGGGCGAAUUUGGAAAAGGUGACGUUGCACCGAAAUAUGCGCUUGAGUGACGCAGAAGUAGCUUGGACUGAGUGGGUUGGACAAUUGGGGGCGGGCAAAAUUCAGGGGCAAGCCAACUAUCAAGCUACAAUCGCGAUUCUACAUAAAGACAUAUUGGUCGACUCACCUGAGGAACUGGUUGAUUUUGUUUUCGGGGAUGUCUUUAAGGCCAUCGAAGCAGCUUUCGGCGACGACGAACAAUUUCAGUCGUUAGUCGUCAGCCUUGCCAAUCGGGCGAUCUUGUGUCCUAUAAAUGUCACAGUUAAAGAAAUGAACGCGAAAAUUUUCCAGAAGUUCCCUGAUCCUCGUCAAACCGAGCGAACUUAUCUCGCUACCAAUCGGUUCGAAGAAGAUAUUGAAAUCAGGACUUCUAAUUCCCAUCCUUUCCGACAACAGAUCACUCCUGACAUUUUAGAGGCUUUGGAUAUUGCGUCGUUGCCACCUCACGUUUUGACAUUAAAAAUAGGCUCCGUCGUAAUGCUGAUGGUCAACUUAAAUGUCAGAAGGGGUCUUUGUAAUGGACAACGGAUGGUGGUCAGAGAGCUUUUGGAAAACGUCGUAAUUUGUAGCAUGGCCACUGGUCAAUUAUCAGGGACGAAGGUAGCUAUUCCUCGCAAACUUUUUGUCGAAGGAGAAAGUAACACCGAGCUAAUGGGAUUGUUUUACAGGAAACAAUUUCCCCUUCGUCUGGCACACGCCAUCACUAUCAAUAAGGCUCAGGGUCAAACGCUUGACAGGGUCGGAUUGUAUUUGCCGGUCCCGUGUUUUUCACACGGACAGUUGUACGUUGCGUUUUCUAGAGCUAGAAAACGUGACGAUGUCAAAGUGCUCGUUGUAGACGGGCCAAAACAGGGAAGACUGUUUAAAGAUGGCCGUAAAAACAAUCCCGUUUACACACGUAACAUCGUGUAUACAGAGUUCGUCAACGACUUAGCAAACAAUAUCGACGAUGAUGGUGUAAAUUAUUAG